CUGCUUUCUUUGUGUCUGAUGUUGCUGUGCAUGAACCAAAAACAAAGGGAGGAAAAGGUCAGGAUAAACAAGUUUCUUGAAGACAGCAAGUGUGUUUUGGAGUCAGCUAUGCAGGGGGAUGGGUAUCCUUCUGGAUUUACUGAUCUGAUUAGCAGCGGUAUAGAAGCUUGCAAAAUGCUAGGAGGUGCAGGUAUGUCCAGAUGAAUAACUAGGGUUCGAGGCAGGUUAACAAAGAGACACAGCAAAAAGUUUGCCCUGAAACCCACUAUGUCGCGGCAGCUGUGUACAAAUCAGUGACCUGUACACCGAAAGGAGAGGAAAAAAAGAGACUGCGUUGAGGAUAACCAUGUUUAGCCUCUCUUCAGUAGUAACAAGUCAUUGUAAGGAUUUGACUUCUGUGUUAGCAACUUCUGAAAAUUAAGACAGUGACUUGCAAUGGAUUGAUGGGGUUGUGCAACUGUGUCCCCCAAAAAGCCAGAUGCUCACAGGACACCUGAGAAGGUUUGGCCCUUCUCUUAAAAGGCACCUUAAGUGGAGUCUAAAUUUUAUUCCUGCUAAGGUGGUUCAAUUUUUACUAUGACUCAAACCCUCUUGAAGUUUCAGCAAGGACUCUUCAGCAUACCUGAAUCUGGCAUCUGCGUCUUUGUGCUGUAGAUUAAGACUUUGCUAAUCCAUGUUUUAAACUGUCAUGGCUGGAAACAGCAUUGUAGUUGAUGUCUCACGCAAUAGCCAUGUAAGCACAAAGCUGGAACAGCUUACCUGGAACUUUUUUUAAAAAAUACCAUUUAUUUAUUCUGCCUGGACUCAAAUCUUCAUCUGUUAUGCCUAAAUUUAACUUGAUUAGUUAAAAAGCAAACUAAAGUGCUCAACAGGAUUAAAUCAGUAGGAGAGUAUCUGUUCAUCGGUUUUGUACAAAUUGAUCAGACUAAUUUUUGAAAACGUGUGAACUAGACUAAUGUGAUUUUGUGUUCAGUUCUUACACUUCUUCAAUAAAGAGGCCACAAAACACUUUGUAACUCAAAUUGAAAGAAGAGUUACAGGAAAACUAGCUUUUUCUUUGGUUUUGGGGGUUUUUGUUCCCCCUGAAAUGAAUAAUGUGUCCUGAUGCAGUGUAACUCUACUCCAGAACAUAAACAAAUGCCUCCACAUGGUUAAAAACACUACCCUGUGCAGAGGUAUUUACAAGAAAAGCUGCUGUUCAUGUUUUAAACACCUGAAAACAGUAACUUUUUUUUCCUGUUGCUAGCAAAGUCAGUACUUUGCAGUUCCACAUGUUGCAUUUUGUUGUGCACGUAAUACAUAUUUCUUGCGAAAUUUCCAUUUCAAGGGGGAAUUGCCAAUGUUUUUAUUACUUUUAUUUUGUUCCCUAGUGGCAUGUAGAAAAGAGUUUUAAAAAGCUAUCAAGUAGUCUUAAGAGUGUGUGAGAAUGCUCAUACUCUUUCUACAUCAUCUUUUUCACUACAAAAGUCUUCUAGUGUACUCGAGUGGCAUGCUUAUGGAUCAGGAUAUAGAUUGUACAAACCCUCUGAACUCACCAAGAGCUACUUAGUUCAUUUCUGCUUUCUCCUCACAAAGAAUUAGUGUUCCUGUGGUUGUAGAAUGCUAUGUCUGCUGUCUGGGAAAUGUACCAGGUAAAGAAUACUAGAGAUUUGGUAGGCCUGUGGGAAAUAUCCUGAGUGAGGACUAUGGCAGAUGUGAGUGAAGUUAAGAGGAAGCCCUUCACAUUCCUUAGGUGGCCUUUGCCCUAUAUUCCUUUCAUACAAUUAAGUAGUUGGAAAUUGAAACUAAAUGUCCAGAGUUGUAUGAAGCCAGAGGAUGGACUGUUAUUCUUGGGCUGUUUACCUUUUUUCCAGAUUGUAACUUUUAAUUGUAUGUAAUUUUGCAGGUAAAAAAGGAAAUUUUCUGUACUCCUGUUACUAAUUUUUGCACUAAUCAUAAGGAUUUGAUUUUUAUAUCAUCAAACCAUGCAGGCCAGCUGUGUAUUACAUAAAGAAAUUGCAUAUGCAACAUACUUUCUGAAGCCAGAGCCAAAUGGAUAGGUGCCUCGCUUGGAGAGGGUGGUGUUGGUAGUUGCAGUCUGUCUGAGGGUGGGGUCCUCUCAGGGAGCCAGGCUGAUACCAGAGUGGAAACCAGCUGGGCACUUCUAAUAUUGAUCUAGUUGACACUGAACUUGGAACUAAGAGAACUUAAGCAACAUGUUUCAGAAAAUGUUCUACAGUCUUGAUUUGAAUAUAACUUGUGGAAAAUACUGUUUGUAGAACAUGAGAAACAGGACUAAACUAUUGCAUAAAAGAGAUAUAUGAUUAUCACAUUUUUUGUAAACUUAAAAAAGAAUUUCAGCUUCUGCAACGUUAGGAAGUCCUCCUGGUGGCCAUUGCAAAGAGUAACAAGUCAUAGCCAAGGUCCAGGCUGCAAGGGCUUUCUUGCAUUUGCAGGCAGGACAUGAGCAUGAACAGGGGGCUUCAGUGCCAAGAAGAGUGCUUCGGUAGGGCAGAACCACUCCUUUGUUGUCUAAUCACUAGUAUAAACUUGCAUUGCUACAGAUCUGGCAAAUAGGUGUGUUUUCUUUGUCAUCUUGUUCCCAGGUAGAAUAAGGACUUUCUAGUCAGAUUUUUGUAGACUGUGAUUGCCUGAUUUUCUUCAUUGAUCCAUUGUAGCUGUAGAGGUGGAAAGGUUUUCUUCCAGCCACUUUGUUUAUAACCCUCUAUUUUUAACUCUUGACACGUGGCUUUGGCCUAACUGUGCUUAAAAGCCUGAAAUGCUUAGAGCACUCUCAGGUCCCCAGAGGACUUGUUUGUGUUCUGUCAUCUGGGCUGCCAGUCACUGUGUAUGCUUCCUACCUGUUCUGGGGCGAGUGGAGCCCUCUUGCUCUGCGCUUGCAUCAGCACAUCAUGCACUGGGAUCCUGGUCCAUGGCUGUAUUCCCAGUGUUGCUAACAAUCUCUACUGUGUAGAGCAAGUGUUCUUUUUAUGAAUGGAAGAUGCUUGAGUGACCCUGUUAAUUUAAAUGUGUGGUCUGUUUUACGUGGAUUAAGCAAACUGAUUUGGCCCAUAAAAUCUGCUAAAAUGGGGUAUUACUUUAUAAAUAACUCUCUGGUCUUUACCUUGCCUCCCAAAGGUUGUGCAGCGUCCUGCGCUCUGACAUUGUCAGGUGCCCGGGUUGUUAACCUUCCACCAUCUUAAGUUGUGAAUGAUGAAGGCAAAAUUUGCCACCUUGGUAGGGUGAAGGAUUUCUGUAAGAAGAGUCCUUUUAUUCCUGCUGAAGAGGUGCUUGUUCUAUGGCACUGUUCAUCAGUUGGGGCCCCCAGAGGUUUUUCACAUCUGGUUUAUGAAGAUGGCUUCCUACUUGACAAAACACACCGAUAAGCAACGUCUUGUUUUUUGUUUUACCACCCAUAUGUAUGUGCUUGUUCCGUCAAUACGCAACCUGCUUCAACAGUGGAAUAUAUUUAAUAUGGACUCUGCUAGUUGUGGUUGGAAUUGGAUCUGUUUACUUUCACGCCACCCUCAGUUUCCUGGGCCAGAUGCUGGAUGAGCUGGCCAUUCUCUGGGUCCUGAUGUGUGCUCUCGCUAUGUGGUUUCCUAGGAGAUACCUGCCCAGAGUUUUUCGGAAUGACAGGAGCCGAUUUAAAGCUGCUGUGGGUGUCCUGUCUGGUGUUACUACCUGCCUUGCCUUCAUUAAGCCUGCCAUCAACAACAUCUCGCUAAUGACUCUGGGUGUUCCCUGCACAGCUUUGCUCAUUGCUGAACUGAAGAGGUGUGAAAACCUGCGUGUGUACAAACUGGGUCUUUUUUCAGGACUUUGGUGGAUGCUAGCACUUUUCUGCUGGAUCAGUGACAAAGCAUUUUGUGAGAUCUGGUCUUCAUUUAACUUCCCCUAUUUGCACUGUGUGUGGCACAUUUUGAUUUGCCUUGCGGCAUACCUGGGCUGUGUCUGCUUUGCUUACUUCGAUGCUGCCUCUGAGAUCCCUGAGCAGGGCCCUGUCAUAAAGUUCUGGCCCAGUGAAAGAUGGGCGUUCAUUGGUGUUCCCUAUGUCACCCUCCUCUGCGCACACAAGAAAUCACCUGUGAAGAUCACAUGAAGUUGGCCAUGGAACAGGAUGGAGUUUCAACUUGCAUUCCUGCACAGACAGUAUUUAAUAAUGAUAAAUGGAUAGGGUUGUAUUUUAUCUUCUUUCUAAGACAUGUAGAACUUCAGGUGUCACAGAAAGAGAAGGCAAGUAUGUUCUUUCCUCUUUCUGGAGAGGACAGAAGAAGCAGCAAGGUGGAGGAUCUUGAAACUCUUAACCACUAACUUUUCUGGUUGGCUCUGUUUUGCACUGUUUUCAAUGUAGCAUUUCUCUCGGUAAAAGCUCUUUCCAAAUACCAGGGUCAAGGAAUUAUGUUCCUGCAGUAGGUCACCACUGGUGCUUGAUUCUGGUGCUUCUUUUGUAACUUCUGGCUUAAGGCCUUUCAUGCAAAAGAAGCCAGUCCAAGAUGCCUACAUGCAUCCUGUGCCCGUCUCUGAUUUUGAUGUGGUUCAUUGGCCACAAGAGUGUGCUCGAAGCACGUGCUUCUCCCAGCCUGGCGGGUAGCACAGGCAGUCGCGCUGGGCAUCACGCUGGAUCACAGUAUGUGGCUGCUUACCAAGUGCAGCAGGAGACCAGUGCAAAGUGAUUGCAGCUGGGUAACUGGACCAGUGCAGUUAGGCAGUGUAAAUGCAGGAAUAGCUGACAGAAGAUUCAGUCCCUAAAACUAAAUAGGAGUUCAAGGGUUUUUAAUGUUUCUGUAUUGCCCCCCCAGUGACCUGUGGACAUUUGUAUGCUACGUAUGUCCCUUUUACAGAAAGGUCACAGAAAUCCUUCUCUACCUCUGCAGGCACGUUUGGUCUUGAAUUUGGCGUUGAAUUUCACACAUAAGUGUGAAUAUUUCACUUCAGUAAGAGCUCAGGUCAGCGUGGAUUAAUAGUGGGAUCAAACUAUAAAAACUCGUAGGUACCUAGCUGUACGUCUGAUUUGAGGGGUAACUUCUCACCAGUGCAUUGCAAAGUGACAUGAACAAUAGUCCAGUGCUCCUCUAGUACUUAGGAAAAAAGUAAAUCAACUGCUUAAAAACCAAGCUGAAGACUUAAAUUUCAGUGAGCAAUGAGAUGUGACAAUGAGUCUUGCAUUCUUACAAAAGAAUAGUAGAUUCAAAUUUCGUGUUUGUUUACAGCCUGUUUUGUAAAGAAAAGGGAUGUCUAGAUCCAUUUAGUUUUAAGGUUAUAAUUCGGGGCUGAGGUUCAGAAAUGGCUAUGGUUCUUGCAAGCAAUUCAUGCUAGGUCUGUUUAAAAAAUGAUGCAAAGUACAGGCAUGUUUGUCAUGUAUUAGCAACUGUAGCUUCUAAUACCCGCAGUCUUGGAGAAAAUAGGGUCUGUCUGCGUUCCACCUAAUAUCAGAACUAAGUGUGUUAAGGCUUUGGAUGUGCACUUUUAUUAAUAUGUGAUAUUUCCUUUUUUAAUACUAGACCAGGAAAUACCAUUUCCUCUGUGCUUUGCUAAGAUGUCUCAUGUUGUACUAUUUUUUUAUCAAUUUGAAAAUGUACUGUAUACAGUAUCAUCUUUAAGACAGUGGAUUUUAACAAGAACUUUGGGGUUAUUUAUCUCUCAGGCAUUGUAAAACAAGAGAUAAGGUGUAUGCUGUUACACUUAAAGUUGUUGGUGCUAGAUGUAACUGUCAUCUUGAGAACUUCAAAGUGGGUGGUAAGUAGCCUACUGUCAGAUUAACUGACAGAUCAUAAAAGCAGCAACAUCUGUCCAGUGGAACAAUGAAGAUUUAUAGUACUUGCUAGUAGAUUUGUCUGAGAGGAAUGUGCUUUUUGGGCACACGGUCCUAUAAUUUUUGUAUGAAACUUCUUUGUAAAAAUUCAUACAGUCAUGUUUGUUACUCCUUGAAACACAGCUGCUUUUUCCUUUUCCUUCCUCUCUCCCCAGUUAUGAAAUGCUCAGUUUCAAACACUUAUUGGGUAUUAAGAAUAUCAGCUAAGGUUGCUGAUGCCUGAUGUGGCCCUACUUUGAGUAAGAAUUUUUGAUAUUGCUUGCUGAAUUAUUAUUUUAUGGUAAAUAAGUUAUUAUCAGCAUUGCUUGGGGAAUUAGUAACUGCAGACAUAAUGUACUAUUCAAAAUGACUGAGCCUUCCUACUUAAUAUUUUGUUUAAAAGCAACCUCUGACUCAAAGGGCUCUAAUCAACCUGCUGUCAACUGCUUUCUUACACUCUUCAGAGUUUGAUUGCUCACAGAGAAGUAAUGUUAUAAAUUAAAAAAUGGCAGUAGUACAUUCAGCUAUUGCAGAGGUGAAUGGAUGCAGGUACAGGGCAAGAAUCAGAUCCUGUAUUUUUCCUAAUCUCUAGCCUUCAUACUCUUUGCGUGAAAUUCUGUGAACAAAGAUCACUACCUGAUAUACAAAGCUCCAGUGUAGAACUGGUCAAGAGUGUUCCACCAUAACAGCAGCCCAUCACUUUUAGGUGUAGCUACUGCACUUUAUGUUAAAUUAACUUGCAUAUUCUGACACAAACUACAGUUAUUUCAAAAGAAAAAAAAAUACACAGUUUUUACCAGAUUCAGAGCUUUACAGAUUGCACUUUGGGCUAAGCUCCAGUUCAUGGUAACAUUAGUAUCCAAAGAAGUAUGAUUGACACACUGAGGGUCUGUACAUUGCCCUGAUCAUGCUGAUGAAUAGACAUGUGCACAAGUAGCUAGAUUUUGUUGGAGUAUAAAGUGAUGUAUAUGUGCCCUCAGGUUUUAAAGCCCCAGAAUGCUUUUUUCCCUUGCUGGCAGAAAGUGAGUGGGUUCCUAGUCUUUAAGUUCAAUUGGUAUUUUAGUUUAGUUAGUGGGAUGCAAUAAUAUGUUGAGCAUAAUGUAGAUUCUGUGUGUUGGUAGGUGAUAUCCAUCAUUCCUUGAGUGUUAAUCCUUAGGUUGUUUAAGAGAGGAUGUUUAACUCUCAGUGAUGGCAAACACUUGCCCAAUUCACAGUCACUAAGAACUCAGUAAGUAGUAGCUAAGGAGUGAUGUUGGGUUGGGGUUUUUUUCCUAUCUCUAUUGGAGAGUGUGUACUGAAUGUUUGUGGAAAGCGUGUAAUACUUUGCAACAUUAAAUUGCAUUCAAAAUAAA